GUAUCUUUACCACAGAAACAGGAAGAAAACAACAGACAGCAGACUUCGGAUUACCUUUAUCGUUUAGAUUUGGGAAAGCUUUAAAUAGUGCGUACAUUGAUAGAGUGUACACACUUUAUCUUUGGUUUUGAGUUAUGCAACCGAAUGUCGCAUGCUCUUUUUUUCGCAGGCCAUCUUUGUUAUUAGCCGCUUUGGUCUGCAGUUGCAGCGAGGCCUGUUGGUAGGCUAUCUGCCAUCAAGGGAAAUGCAAAGGCGCCCACACAUUUAAUUGCAUAUUUUAUACAGGAUCGUCGUUGCGGCAUCUAGUAAAUAAAUACAAAGAGCCUUGGUCCAUAACCCUUAACGGGUUUGAGGUUAAAGGUCACGAUUCCAAGUGACUUUUUUCCACACAACCAGACGUCAAUUACGCGGCCUCAAUGGAGACCGAAAAAUAUGACUGGACACCUGAAAGUGGCCAGGCUUACGACGAGGACGAGGAUGGAAGUCCUUACCAGCCACUUGAUUGUGUGGAGGAUGCCGAGCUGUUGAGGAAACGAAGAGAACUGGAGUUGAUCGAGAAGCAGAUUGCAAGCAAAAAAGCGGCCAUCGCUUCGAAGAAAACUGUACCUCAGCGGCCUUUGUACGGCGAAGAGCACCCCGAUGCUGCUCUAAAGUCAUGUAUGAAAAGACCUGAGAGGAGAAGUGAACAAUCCUCCCAAAGACCUUUCGUCGAAUCCGACGACACCAGAGACGUUACGACAAGACGAGAUGAAGCUGGAGCAAAGACAUGGCAGCAUCGAUCAGAGCGCGCUCUGCCAUUCCCAGAUGGCAAGGACCCAGAUGCUGCUCCAGCGUCAUGUAUGAAAAGACCUGAGAGGAGAAGUGAACAAUCCUCCCAAAGAGCUUUCGUCGAAUCCGACGACACCAGACACGCUACGACAAGACGAGAUGAAGCUGGAGCAAAGACAUGGCAGCAUCGAUCAGAGCGCGCUCUGCCAUCCCCAGAUGGCAAGAGCCCGGGCGACCAGAUGGACUUCUUCAGCAUGUAUCGGUCUAAACCAGCAGCGCCCAAGAGGGAGUCUCCUGUCAGAGGCUUCGACCGCUUCCUCAGCAUCCUCAACAGGGGCGUGGAUGAGGACAAGCUCUCGGAGAUGGCCAGGGCCACGAAAUCCAGAGACCACGGCAGGGACCCCAGAGAUGGGGACAGGUGGUCGCGGGACAACGACAGAUACCCCGAGGACCGAGAGAGGAGCGAACGCGGCGAGAGAAGCGACUGGAGACAGGGGCGUCAGAACCUUGGCUCAGACGGCUGGGGCGACAGAAGGGACUCCAGAGAAGGAGAAAGAGAAAGACAUUGGGACUCGCAAGGUAGAAGCCAAGAUGGAGACCGCCAUUUGGAUCCCAGAGACCGAGAGAGAGAGUGGGACAGAGAACGGUAUUUGGACUCGAGGGAUAGAGACCGCCAUUUCGACUCGAGGGAAAGAGAACGGUAUUUUGACUCUAGAGACAGAGGCCGAGGUGGAGAUCGACAUUUUGACUCGAGAGACAGAGACCGCAAUUGGGACUCCAGAGAAAGAGAGCGCAAUUGGGAUUCGAGAGAUAGAGACCCCAAUUGGGAUUCGAGAGAUAGAGACCCCAAUUGGGAUUCGAGAGAUAGAGACCGCAAUUGGGACUCGAGAGAUAGAGACCGCAAUUGGGACUCGAGAGACAGAGAACGACAGUACGUGGACACAAGGCAGAGGGAAGCGUGGGAUUCAAGAGAAAGCUCCAGUGCUUGGAAGUCAAGAGAGCAAGAGUGGAGCCAGGAUCUACGAGACACAGAGAGGGGUGGGAACUCGAGCGAACGCAAGAGGAGCAUCGACUCGAGAGAUAGGGACAGGAAUUCAAGAGACCAGCGGUUCGGUUCAAAAGAGACAGACAGUGUGGUGAGAGAUCAGAGGGUGGGUUCAAGAGAGUCAAGAGACAGAGACAGGAAUUCAAUAGAACAGAGGUUGGAUACAAAAGAGGGAGGCAAGAGAACAAGCGAACCAGAGAAGUUGGACUCGAGAGAACACGACGACCAUCGCAAGAGGCUAAAGACCGACAACUGGGAACAGGACAGAACUAGCGGAGACGGGAGCCAAAACCGCGAAAACAGGAACUCAAGAGAACCCAGACGGGAAUCCUCGAGCCCAGGGAGACGAGGACACUCGAGAGAUCGCAAAAGCAGGACCAGAUCUCCAGUCCUGUCCAAAGAGGAACUGCAAAGGAGAAAGGAGAAGGAGGAACAAUUUGCAAGGAUCCAAUCUCUCCUCCAGACGGUUGGACUGGACCUGGGCAUGGAGGACGUGGACCGCCUCAACAGCCGCACUCACGAGAGGCUUUACGGGGUGAAGUUUCCGACAGACGAGCCGGAAAGCAGCCGUCAUCAGAUGGCGCCAAACCAGCACAGGGACUCCGCAUUGUCAGACUGCUCGCGGCAGUACUCACCAGACUCCACAAGCAAAAUACACGACCCCCAGAAGAAAAGAGGGCAGCGUGACGAAGAAGAAGAAGAAGAACAGCAACAACGCUCCAGGAGGUGGCAUUCCAAAAGAGAAUGGCCGGAAGAACCGUCUGAGAUACCUGCAGCUGGAGACUACGCCAGCUACCACAACUGGUACAAUAGGGUGCAUCAUGGUACCUCUAUGCAGAGCUGGCCUGCGGCUGGCGGGACUGGAGCAGUGGCGUACGACGCUCACGAUAACUCUAUCCUGGGACCUCCACCGUCCACCAGCACAGGUCUACCUCUAGCCACGCCCACGGUUGCCUACGGUGAUCCAUACCAACUGGCGGCGGCGUACGCCUAUGGGUCACCCGUGGCGCUCACCUCACCUUUCCCACAACCCAAAUGCUCAAAAGAGAGGCCUUUCCUGAAGCCUUUGCAAGAAGUGUCCCUGGAGCCUCCACCCCCAAACACGAUACCCACAGGCAUCGUCACGACACCCCAAGGCAACGUCACAAAACCCCAAGGCAACUCCACAUCAACCAAAACUAACAUCAUGAAAACCCAGGGUAACCUCAUCACCAUCGACUGUCCCAAGAUGACGGAGAAAAAAUAUAAGCAGCAGAAGUCCACAAAGGCGAGUUGGAAGCGCUCGAUAGCUGAAGCGGCCGCGACCGCGGCCAGAAACAAAAUCAAGGACAUGAUGAAUAUGACGUCCAGGAGGAGGAUGGCCAUUAUCAUGGCCGAGAGGGCACACGCCCUGGUGGCGGAGAAUGCCAAGGCCCGUGCACAGGCGGAGGCUGCUGCUAAUGCUAACGCUGCCAACGCAGCCGCCACCUCCUACGCAAACGAAGCCCCCACCACCUCCUCAGACAAAGAUGCUGCUGCUGCUCCUGCUGCACCUGCACCAGCUAAGCCUGUCAUCGUGCUGCGGCUGAAGAGCGGAGUUGUGAAGGCCAAGACAGACGCACCGGGGGAAGGGAUAUAACAAACCGACAUGGAGGAGCAGGGCAGGGCUCAAUUUUGUAUUUUUUCUGUAGGGAAAAAAAAAAAUUGUGUUGGAUAACUUGCGAGCAACGCAGGGACACAAUAAAUCGGUGCAUUUCUUGAAACUGUAAUUGCUAACUUCGUUAGCUACUUUGUUGUUUGCAAUGCAAUUUCCCAUUGACAACUACCCAAGUUGCUAAUUGCUAACAACGCUUUCGAGAAGCACACCAAAGAUAAGGAGGAGGAUGGGGACUCAACAGACUCUGACUCAGAGUAUUUUUUUUUGGUAGGGAAAAAAAAUAAUAAUUCAGUUUUGGAAAACUUACUAGGACUGCUAUUGGGGUCUCGUCUAAGUAUGUUUUACAUGAUUUGAAACUUUUUCUUUUUUGUUUGUUCGUUUUGUCUCAUUUUCAUACUGUACUUUGUCACUCAUUGUUCUUCUAUCUGUUCACAAUGACUUUUUAUUUUAUAUUUUGUUCACUGCAAUAGUAUUAUCAGGAUAGCUUUUUUUUUUAAACUAAGCUUGUGGGAUAGCGUGUGAAAGAACCUAGGGUCCGUUUCUCGAAAGCGUCUUUGCUAUCGUCGUUAGCAAAGUCCUUCGUAAGAGCGACUCAACUCUCUCUCGACAGCGACGCUCACCACUAAAUCCAAUGGAACGGUAAGACGGUCUUAAGACUGUUAGCAACAAUGACAAGAAUCGAGAAACGGACCUCAGGCACAGCAGUUAUAUGUAUCUCAACUGUAACAGUUGCUUAAUUAAAAUGCCAUUAAUUACGAAUACUUGCUCUGUGUCUUGGUGUUUUUUUCCACUGUGUAGGAUGAUGCCCAGAGUGGGUUGUGGAACUAUGCUGCUAAUUGAAACUGUGCUGCCUUAAGCCAAAUUGACCAGUAUGACCAAAAUACAAUACGUUGUGCAGCUAAAAAUGUAAAAUCCACUUUCUCAUGAAUGAAAAGUGCAAUUUUUCCAGACAUAAUAAAUUCUUAACAUUUGAAUGUUGGUGGUAAGUAUUCAUGAAAGGGGUAACACUGGUGAAUGAGCAGCAGGAAUUUUGGAAAUGAACGGCAAAAAAGAUUACAUGGUGCACCUUUUAACGCAAUUGUAUUGUUAUUGUGU